GUAGAGGUCUCGGGUGGAUGCUGCCAGGGGGCUCUGCUCCGGGGUGCCUACGCGCGAAAGCGCUGUUCCCGAAGGGCUGGUCCGGGGCGGUGGAGGCGGCGCCGGAGGCGGGAGUUGGCGGCCGUGGCACCCCGGGCAGCGGGCCCCGUUCGCGGCCAGCGCGCUCCGCCGUCCUCCCUCGCUUGUCUGCUAUGCUCAUAUUUGGACUCGGCCGCCCGUGCCCAGGAAUUUCCCGUCAUGCCUCCCGCCGCCCCGUCUGUCGCCCGGAGCCGGGAGGGAGGAGGGAUCGGACAGCGGCGGCUCGUCUUCCCCGGAGUGCGCGGCGGACCCUCCCGCGCCCAGUCGCGCUCUGCCUGGGUCUCUGCCUAGCUGUGGCCGCGGCCACCACGCCUCGCGCUUCUGCCGCUGCCUUUGCCUCCGGGUUGGUCGCUGAAGAUACCACAGAGAUGUCUGCCUUCAACCUGUUGCACUUGGUGACGAAGAGCCAGCCUGUGGCCCCAAGAGCCUGUGGGCUCCCCUCAGGGUCAUGUAGGGAUAAAAAGAACUGUAAGGUGGUCUUUUCCCAGCAGGAACUGAGGAAGCGGCUGACACCCCUACAGUACCAUGUCACUCAGGAGAAAGGAACGGAAAGUGCCUUUGAAGGAGAAUACACACAUCACAAAGAUCCUGGAAUAUAUAAAUGUGUCGUCUGUGGAACUCCGCUGUUCAAGUCAGAAACCAAAUUUGACUCUGGUUCAGGCUGGCCUUCCUUCCAUGAUGUGAUCAGUUCUGAGGCCAUUGAAUUCACAGAUGACUUUUCCUAUGGGAUGCACAGGGUGGAAACCAGCUGUUCUCAGUGUGGUGCUCAUCUUGGGCACAUUUUUGACGAUGGACCUCGUCCGAGCGGCAAACGAUACUGCAUCAACUCAGCAUCCUUGUCCUUCGCUCCUGCAGACAGCAGUGAGGCAGAAGGAGGCAGCAGCAAAGAGAGCGGCAGCCCAGCAGCAGCAGACAGAGCUGAGCUGUAGAAUCAGGGGUGGCGGUGGAAACAAAGUGUUCUUAAUGCACAGCUGAUUGAAAAACCAAAAAUGGUUUAUCUUAACAGAGCUAUUUUUUCAGAAGCUAUAAGGGCAGUUUAUGCUAUUGAAAAUGUUUUCUCUUUUUUUGUCCAGAUGGCAGUUCUGCCUAUCCAUGUAUUUUGCUGUUGACUAGGUCCAGAACUGUGUGUAGGUCUUGCCAAUGGAGAUAGCUUUGUGUAGCUUCUUCUGAAGCUUCUAAGUAGCCUUGGCGUCAUUUUCUUCCAACGCAUCCCUUCCUUUAAGUUUUGUCCUUGUGUUUACCCUCCUUUUGAUUAAGAGGUAGAGGCUGUUUAGUGAAAUCAGAGAGCUGGUGCUCAGGGGCAGAGAGAAGAGCUGGGAAAGGCAGAGCAUCUAGACAUGUGGCCUUUACGAUAAGGAUGGAGCGCUGCCUCAGAUUGCUAGGCUGCGUGGAAAGUCUGAGCUAAGGUUGUUUUUUCUCACUAGAAGGGUGUGAAGGUCUGAAGUUGUUCCUUAUGUUAACAUUGUUGCCAGAUGUGAGAGGGCUCGCUGAAGGUUGCGGAAGAGACGCAAAGCAUUACCUCUGGGCAGGUCUUUAUUUUAUAUUAUUUUCCAUUGAAAACAGCAGAAUAUAAAGCAAGCAUAAAACACUGGGCCCCAUUUUUGUCCAAAGUUCACAAAGAAGAAUGCUUGCCCAUUGCCUCUGCAUAAGCCUUUCUCUGCAUGCCUCAUGUGAACUCCAUCUGGAUGAGCAUUUUAGACGAUUUCCCCAGUGCAAAAUAAAAUAUUAGGGACAGCACACUCCAUCAGUAGGAAAGAGGGAGAUCAGAGAAGACCAAGCAUGAAGUCUUGAGCACUAGAUAAUCCCACACUGUGCAAAAAGGCCAACAGGAUCUCACAGGUACUGCAUCUAAACCAGACUUUCACAUAGCAUCAGGAGGUGGGGGCAAGGUUGCUGGGGAUUAAGACAGAAUAGUCAGGCCCAAAGUACACACUUCACUGUGUGUACAAGGGACAAACCAUUUAGCCCCUCUGUGCCUAUAUCUUCGUGUACACAAUAGGACUCUUAUCUUUAUAAAUAUAUUGAUACUCUCAGGGCAACAUUACUAUAUUGCUGUACAAUUAAUAAGAUCAGUAUUGUAAAAUCACACUGAUCUGGUUGUCAUUGCACAGAGCAGGCCAAGUUUGCAAUGGGAAGAAGCAGAGGUGGACUUUGUUGUUCAGUAUGGAAACAGUCAGCAGCCAGCCAGACCUUUAUCUUGUAGCAAUACGGCAAGUUCUGCUUGCAGACAUUCUGUGUAGUGGCGUGAGAUUUUCACAGGGCUGAACAAAGGUGAGAGCAGUUAAAGAUGCACGUAGUCUCAUCAGUAAGUGUUGUGAUUUUGAAUGCUAAUCCUGAAAGGUGGCUUUAAAAGACACUUAGAUUUCUAGAUUUUUGAUGAAGACUGACAUCUGUUCCUCCUAAGCAGUAAUGAUGAUGAGAACAGACGUGGUGGUUGCAGACACAGUGGGAAGCAAUAAAAACUGGGGCAAGCAGAGACCACCAUGUCCAGCAGCUUCUGGCCUUCUCCAGGUACCUCCUGAAGGUCCUGACAUCCUGCCGGAUCUUCAGCAUCACCCAGUUCUAGAGACAUCCAUGCUUUUAACUUUUCACACACAGCAAAGUCACCUAAGCACUGGGGUCCCCCCCGCCCCAGAUUUUAACCCAAGCUCAGGGUUACUCUAUGCCCCAUAGACUUCAUUCUUCUCUAGGAGACAUGGGGAAAGUUUCGGAUGAGGCUUCCAGACUGCUGAAAGUCUUCACAUUAUCAUGAAGGAUCCCAUGGAGGGUGGCUAAGGACAGACAUGGGUCUUACACGACACUGUCACAGCUUGACAUCCAUCCUUUAGAGACAUACACAGCCCUUUCUGCCCACUCCCAUGUGUGUAGUGGCCUUCCCAGGGGUCCCUUGGAUAUAAGCCAGAGUGUUGGAAUAGACAAAGAAGAUAAAUAAGGAGCUUCUCCCUCCACAGAGACUCUAGGUUGUUACUCUUCAUUUUUCUAAUACUAUAGCACUAAACACCCCCCCACACACACCCAUAACAAUAAUGAAAAUCUUGUUUCCUUUUAACUUUUACCAUUUUUUUAACAAAAGCCAGCUUUUUCCAGCACCAACUUUAAAUAUAUAUAUACAUAUAUACAUAUGUAUGUGUAUAUAUAUAUGUAGAUAUAUGUAUAUACACAUAUAUAUAGAUAUAUGUAUAUAUCUAUAUAUCAUCCAUUGAAAUAAAAAAGGAAAAAGAAAGAAAAAUGAGUGCACAUGGUUUAAUUCUAGAUUGCUUCUUUGGGUAUAAGUGGUAUCAAAUUUCAGUAUAUUUCUGUCUUAUGUUAAAGAAAUAUAUUGCUAAAAUGUCAGUGAGCAAUAAUGUGAGCUAUCAAGGACUAGAUUUACUUUUGCAGGCUGUGGAGUGCAGUGAGCUGAGGUGGCAAGUUGUAUGUGAUGUGUGGGAAUUCUGCCAUUCAGCACACGGCCUUCCUUGUCUACACUAUUGGCCAUGAGGAGAUGGGCUGGUAGGCAGGAAAUAUGUCCCUAUGAGUGCACAGAACAGAUUGGAAGGAAGCAACAACAUCAAGUGUAUUUCUGAGUAUUUAAACUCUUCACUUCUUUUAUAUACUUCAAAUCUUAAUGCAAAUGACAUAGCAAUUGGAAGAAAGCCUCUACAUGUUGUUUAAAAUAUCUUGCUUUCAAUACAAAAAAAAAACGAUGAAAAUUAGUACCAUGUUUGAAAGAUUGUGUAUGAUUCUUGACCUAGAAAGCUUUUUAAUAACUUUUCUUCUAAUAGCUUAAAACUUUUGAAAAGUGACAAGAACCCUUCAUUGAGAAGCCUUUUUCGACAUUUGUUGUAUACAGAAAUUAGGUAAUAAAGUUUCUUUAUAAAAAUG